AUGCCGUAUAUAAUGGUAAUGGGCAGCUUGACUGCACCACAUCUUUCCAAAGAUGAAGGAGCUACUGUUUACGGAUUAAAAAGUGAAGAACGAGUGGAACUAGUAAGGGAAUUAAACUCGUCAUUCGGUAUAGAAGUGGCGACUUCUUUGGAUCUAGAGCGGACUGUGCGUGUUACUCAAAAGGGUGUCACUUUGAUGGUUGUGAAUCGAAUCCACGGACUGUUUGGUUACGAUGUUGUAUCACAUGCUAUGGCAAUGACAAACGCAAACCGUGAAUUGAUUUCAUUCACCAUGUACAAGAAGACUAAUAGCCACUCACACGGACAUAGCCACAGCCACAAAAGCCACUCACACAACAGCGUUGUCACGCUUUGA